AUGUCUUCCGGAGAUAAGAAUCAAACCAUCCUCUCCAGGAAGCGAGACUGGGAGAGAUGGCUAAGACCUAUCAAGAGGAAAGCUCUUGGAACUAAGGAGUUCACCAAGCCAGAGGUGCCAAACAGACUUGCACAUGAAAAAGACGAAGAUCUCGAAUUCAGACGAGAUAUCUAUAAACGAGCCAUCAAAAAAUAUAACUCCGACAAAGCAAAUAUUGCGGCAAUUCGAGAACACAUUUUCCGAACGAUCGACCAAUCCGCGACCCUCCUAAUCGAGAAUAAAUCGAGCGUCCGAGAUAUCCUUUCCGAGCUUCAGAAAUGUUAUAAACCUGAUGCCAACUUUGAACAGUUUGAUAUCCAAAAUGAAUGGACGGAAUUAAAAGUUGGACCAGACGGUAAAAGGCAAUUCAACGCGUGGAUAAGGAGCUGGAUUGAGACGUAUAAUCGUGCUCGCCAAUAUCAACUUCCUGGAAUCGGCUCGGAUGAGAAAUAUGCAAUGAUUGAUUUUCUUCUUGCAAUCAGACAUACACAUGAGAUCUUCUAUAGCACAUGGUUAGAGGCCGUUAUAAACAACCGUGAGAAGUCAUUUAUCAAACUUAUCACCAAGUUUGAAGACUUCACAAAGAGUGAACGCGGCAGAAGCAUAUACGCCAAUGACUCAAAUCAAGGCGACUCUAAUAACAAUAAACCGAGAAGGUGCUGGUGUGGAGAGUUGAGAUCAGUCCACAAUCGCUGGGAAAAGUGCGCAUAUCUAAACGAACAAAUUCGUGACGAUAACUGGAUCCCAGAUCCCAAAAUUAUCAAAAAAGUUGCCGAGGCGGCCGCAUCUAGGAAGAGUCUAAAAGACUUUAUAGACCAGCAUAAGAAGAGCGCCGAGCACCCACCAGUCACUAUUAAUACAGUCUUCAGAGCUACAAGUGAUAUUGACUCCUUAGUAAAUAGCGUCAUUCACAACGGUGGCGCUACAGAGAGCAUCUCCAAUAAUAUUAACCGCAUUGAAGAUUUUGUGCCAGAAAGAAUCCGUAUUACAGCGUUCGGACGCCAUCUUUGGGCUGAAGGAAGAUGCACAAUGGUUGUAUGGGCUACGGCACCUGGAGAGAAAGAAAAGUCUCAAAAAUUGAGAAUUCGGAAUGCUUUAUAUUGCCCUGAUUGUCCUAUAUCAUUGAUCUCAGGGACAGCACUCAACCGAUCUGGUGUCUUCAGGAAUGAAGAAACGAACACCCUAUAUUCAAGAAAGGAAAGAUAUCGAGUAACUGCCAAGCUUCAGUUAAUCAACGGCCAGGCAGUUAUCGAGUAUAACCCUCCAACCCAGAUUCCAACUACUCGCUCAAAUCAUGUGAUUUUGAUAUAA